AACGUUCAAACGCGAAUUAGUGCAUGCGAAUGGUAGGCUUGAUCCAAGCCGCAGUAUCGAACUAGGUGUUGUAUCCGGUCAGCGGCAUUCUUCGAACUCGGCAACACACAAAAUUGAUAAACUAGAAAAGACACCGCAGCAGCUCGCGUGAGCCGGAUAGAGUUUUAAGCUAGGGAAACACGCAUUUUCUGCAACUAAAAUGGCAAAAUCGGCCCUUUUUCUGUGCUGCUUCGUUGCCGCACUUACUGGAGCAUAUGUGCAAGCGGCUAUCGAUAUGGAAAUAGAAAACAGGGCCGUCGAUCGUACGAUUGAUUUGGCGUCACAAUUGGUGAAAAUUUCCUACAAAAUAACGCUGGAGCACAAAUCGAAACAGCCCAUUGGUACCUACCUCUUCCUAGUGCCCGAGAGUGAUCGCGAAAGGUUGUCCUUUAUUUCGGCGAAGGAUUCUUCAAAGAAGGAGCUGAAGCUCACGGAAACCACCACCCCGAAAGGUGUGACGUUCAGCAUGACCCUGCCGGCCGGUGCAUCGAACCCGGUCGUGUACAUCGAAACCGUGUUCACGAAAUCUCUCAAGCCGUUCCCAUCGUCAAUCGCCCAAAGCGAACGUCAACUUGUGCAGUACUUUGGCAACGUUUACUUCUACUCGCCGUACCCAACAGUGACACAGAAAACGACGGUACAUCUGAGCUCCCGCAAUGUGGAAAGUUACACCCAGUUUAAACCUAGCGCCCAAUCGGACAGCACAAUUACGUACGGACCGUACGAUAACGUGGCAGCAUUCUCUAACGAGGCGAUGACGAUUCACUUCGAAAAUUUCACUCCAUUCCUCACCGUGACUCGGCUGGAGCGAACGAUUGAGGUAUCGCACUGGGGAAACAUUGCCGUGGAAGAGACGAUCGACAUCGUACAUUCGGGUGCCACUCUAAAGGGUGCGUUUUCGCGCUACGAUUACCAAAAGGAUGCCCGUUCGAAUCAGCCCAGCGUGAAAUCCUACAAAACGCUUCUGCCAGCUUCGGCUACCGGUGUUUACUACCGUGACACGAAUGGCAACAUUUCCACCUCGGCUCUGCGCACACUGAAGGAUGCGGUCGAGCUGGAUCUACGCCCACGGUUCCCUCUAUUCGGUGGGUGGCGCACACACUACACACUCGGUUACAAUGUGCCAAGCUUCGAGUAUCUAUUCCAGAAUGGAGACAAUUUCUUGCUGAAGAUGCGUGUCAUCGAUCACAUCUUUGACGAUAUGGUGAUCGACGAAGUCGUGACGAAGAUCAUACUUCCCGAGGGAGCUAACAACAUCAAGCUGAUCGCUCCGUACUCCAUUCAGCGGCAUGCGGAUUCCUUGCACUACACAUACCUGGACACCUUCGGACGUCCGGUGAUUUCUUUCAGCAAGCGAAAUCUAGUUGAAAAUCACAUUAACGAUUUUAACUUAAAGUAUAACUUUUCGCGCGUUAUGAUGCUGCAGGAACCGUUGCUAGUGGUGGGCUUCCUUUACGUGCUGUUCGUAUUCGUAAUCGUUUGGAUGCGAUUGGACUUUUCCAUUAUCAAGGAGAAGGAACCACAUCAGCACAAGGAUUAGAGAGAUGGAGACGAAGAAACACACCACUAUCCUUCCUCUUCUUUGUUUUUUUUUCUCACACAUUCUCGAUGCACUUCAGACUGCACAUGAAAGCUGUCCCGGGUCGUUUGUGUUACAAUGUUUAAUUUACUCUUUCUUCAAAAGAAAAACUCCCUCAACGAUAGCCCGUUGUGGAGCAGUAAAAACAAUUCACGUGUUUCAACGUUGGAUCUUAGCACCUGGUAGCAUUGAUUAGCACUCGACUUAGUUUCGUUGCAGUGAAACUAAUCUAUCAAUCGGCGUAAGUCCCAAUUGCGUUCCAUUUAGGAGGUGCAUCAUUUCAAGCUUUCUGAACAAAGUAGACGAAUAAAAAUAAAGUGAACCAUAUUUACAUUCA